GGGGCGUCAGGGAGACCGUCAGACGUCAUGUGUGAAAAGGAACGGUGUUCCCUGCAUCCCGAGAACCAGCUGAGCUUGCAGUCGAAGCUACUGCAAGUUUUGGAUAUUAACUUCCGACGACGUUUUCUUGUGCUUCCACUACAAUCGUCGUAACUUAAGUCGCAGGAAAAUCCGUCCCUAUAAUCUGUCUCUCUCUCUCUCUCUCUGACCUCUGUAUCUCUUCGUUGAAACGCUAUUCCCUACCUUAUCCGAAACGUUCUCCUCUUGAUUCCACCCCUUGGUUUGCAAUUCUUCGAUGGGCGACAUCUCUUGAAGUAUUCAAAUCGCUCCAGUUUACUCGUUCGAACCCAAUUCCCUGAGGUUAAGGGAUCGAGGUAGCGGCUACGGUAGAUGGCGAAGCUCUACGUGGAGGCGGUGCCGCCGGCGGAUCUGAACAAGAACACGGAGUGGUUCAUGUACCCUGGAGUUUGGACUACCUACAUCCUUAUCCUAUUCUUCUCCUGGCUUCUCGUCCUCUCCGUCUUCGGCUGCAACCCCGGGACGGCGUGGACUGUCGUCAAUCUUGUCCACUUUGCCAUAACCUAUCACUUCUUUCAUUGGAAGAAGGGAACACCCUUUUCUGAUGACCAAGGUAUCUACAAUAACUUGACUUGGUGGGAACAGAUUGACAAUGGCAAGCAACUCACACGUAAUAGGAAGUUUUUGACUGUAGUCCCUGUGGUUUUGUACUUGAUAGCCUCUCACACAACUGAUUAUCGACACCCAAUGCUUUCACUGAACACGGUGGCGGUGAUUGUGUUGGUCGUUGCCAAAUGGCCAAACAUGCACAAAGUGAGGAUCUUUGGAAUCAAUGCGGGCAAUCGAGUGGCAGUUCAUGGAAACUGAUGCUGUUGCAAGAUUCACUUUGUGCUACUAAAACUGGGGCCUAGUGGAGAUGAGAAGACCCCAAGUUAUCAGCUAAUGUUUAUAUAAUCUUUGUACAGAAUAUAAGAAGCUAAAAUGUGUGAUAUUUCUGAUGUAUGAGUAGUUUCUUUUCGGGAACAAAAAAGAAAAAAAUAUGAUGUUUAUAGAUGGUCUUUUACAUUCGCUGUAAGACAGCUAUUGAAUGCUUAUAGUUGCAUACAGUCUUGGAAGCA